CUGGAAAACAUAGAAUCGUCUAGGACUACUCAGAGGGCUGCAGCCAACUCGGUAGUUCUGAAGAACAACCCCUUCAUCCUUGCGGACAAGAUGACAAAGGUUACGGCUGUAGAGCCCAAGAUUACCGAUGUUACCGCUCGCGGAGGAAAUCCGGCCAGACUUUCUGACUGCGUGCCAAAGCAAACCGAUUUGGCCGUGUCGGAGACUCAUGGAGAUUGCGGGAACCCCAGAUGCAACGCCACACAUGCAGGGCACCAUUCAGGUCGCCACAGCAUCGCGUGUAUCGUGGAUCACGGAGCGACAGAAACCCAAGUUGAGUCUAACGGCAUCUGGACCCACCCUCCGCUGGAGGACCCGAUUCAAGGCAAAAUUGACAAGAUGUACCAUCAUGCCGAAGACCUCAGGCGAACUCAACACAUCAUGGAACACCUCGCUGCAGGUUCUGUUGCAACUAACGAGCGUAGUCGGGAUCACAUCACAACAAUGACAGAAGUCCCCGCUUCUCACACAUCCAAUUCGGAAAGGUUGAUCAGCUUUGAUACGGCAAUUGCUGCACACACCAAGAGCGGCCGAGAGAUGCACCUUCGUGAGUGGGAAAGAUCUCAGUCCGUCAAUGUCGAUCCAGUCAAGAAGAGAAGCUCGGAUUCCCCUCCCUCAAGCCCGGACACACGACUUCAGACUCCUCCCGAGUGGCUUAGUCCCAAACAAACGUCAGAGGUCACAAGAAGCCGGGUGGUAGUGACGGAGACCGAGAACGCGGAACAAACGGAGCAAUCAAAGCAAAGUUUGGUAUCAAACGAGUCAUCGAUCGAGUGGCCGACGCUGAGGAAGGUUACCAAGGAAACCGUGAUGGAGACUGAGAAGGCGCCGUUGCCUUGGAUGCAACGGCCUUUACGUCGUGUUCAGAAGGAGGAAGACAUAUCGCAACACGCUCAGGCACAGAAAUCAGCCGAGGUUGAAUCGUGGAGGUCACAGCUUCGAAAGGUCACAACAGAAGCUGGCCACAACGAAGCAUCACAUCAUGGUCAUCGCGAGCGAGCCGAGACUUGCACGACGUGCCAUGAUGGCACACCCUCACCGUCUUCUGCCGGUGAAACCAUCGACACCGAGUCGGAAAAGCAGAAUGAAGGAUUUCCAAAUCUCGCAAGGUCAAAACAACUUGAGGAGGUUCGAGUAUCGACGUCUCGAAACUCGAGCUCGACAUCGACAAGGAGGGUUGAGUCAGAGACUGUUACUCAUGUCUCGCGGACGAUGGAAGAAACCCAGUCUGCUUCAAGCUCACACAUGGCCGAAGAAACUAGCACUGCGACCACUAGCAAAACCUUCGAGGGAAUGCGUGCAGAGUCGACUGAGGUCGAGAUCCUCAACCCGGUACCAAUCAUGCCUUCCAACCACACCUGUGUCUGGAAGGAGCGGUACAUGGAUUUGACGGCGGAGGUUCGGCAUUUGAAGGCGGAGAUCGUGUCCAGAGAGAGAAUUGGCUUGUCGCUUGCGGACGCAGGCAUCACGAUCAACCAGGACGACGAUGACCUGGGUGUCGAGGGGCUCACCAUCGUAAUGCAUUUGAAGGGCAAAGAUGACUUGGUCAUCAACACCGACCUGACGAGGGCUUCAUCCGACGUAUAA